CCCUCGGAAGCAAUUCCUGCUUUCUCGUCUCCUUGCUGGCUCGAUGGUUUCUUUACGCCCUCAUCUCCAAAAGCUGUUGGAAUCGUUGCCUGCACCGCCAGCCGACCAGAAGAAACUAGAGGAACUUGUCAAGCAGACAUUGGAGGAUGCUAAAGCGCGUGCUUCGUCGGAAAACUGGAAGAGUCAAUGGGAGUAUUUGUUGAGGGAAGAGAUAUUUAGACUGGCAGGAACGGAAGGGCAAGCCCUGAACUCAAACGACGUCGCCUAUUACGACGAACUCCGUGACAAACUUGACAUUGUCCUCAUAUUCACCGAACAAGACGCCUGCGAACAAACCUUCCCUUUCCUCGUCCUCCAAGACCUCCUCGAAACACAAACCAUCGCCUCAUGUUCCCAGAUAUUCUCGUGGAUAGAGGACCGUGCAUCACGCCUCACAGAGGGAAUGGUUCCACAGAAGGGCAAAGCACUCAUCCUGCUUCGGACACUCAACGAACUGCUACGUCGGUUAUCCAAGAUGGGGUCUACGACUAUUUUUUGUGGUCGGAUAUUGACGUUCUUGAGCGGUGUGUUCCCGCUUGGAGAGAGGAGUGGUGUUAAUCUGCGGGGAGAGUAUGGACCCACAUGGGAGGGGGUGAAAUACUCGGACAAAGAGAAGGUGGUUUCGAGUGAGGACGAGGACGUGGAGAUGGCUCCGGCGGACGAGUCCCAGACACAGGAUGAUAAGAUGCAGGUGGAUACGAAAGAAUCCCAGCCUGCCCCUCAGACUGCUGCAGAGAAGAGGGAAGACUUCUACAACACGUUCUGGUCACUGCAGCUGUACUUUUCCAAGCCGACAGAGUUCGCAAACAAGGGGGCAUUGGAAGACUUUAGGGCGUCUAUCAACAAAGUCAUCCCCGUCAUCAAGGAGGCUACUGCGAAGGAGCGGGCGAUGAUGGGCAGUCGCAACUUGACUGGUCCUGGUGCAGGGCUGAAGCGGAAACGCGAACCUGAAGCCGAGGAAUCCAAUGUCACCGAAUACUUCUUUGCCAAGUUCCUUACCAGUCCAGAGUUACUAGACCUCGAGAUCGCGGACACGCAUUUCCGAAGACAAUUCCUGUUCCAAAUGCUGAUCCUUCUCCACCACCUCCUCACCUUCACCAAGGAAGCAAAGGAAGGAUGGGCCACCCUUCGAAACCGAUCACUGCAAAUGGACUUUACACUCGAGCCAGACGAUGCUCGUUGGGUGCAGGAAUACAUUAACAAGGUCACUGAGGAACUACGGCAAACAACACCCAACGGCCGACAAUUCUCGGACACCGUCACAACCAUCCUUGACCGCGAGAGGAACUGGGUGAAAUGGAAGAAUGAGAUAUGUGUUCCAUUCGAUAAAGAACCUUGGAGCCAGGAGGUCGAUGGGAAGAAGGUGGACAUGUUCGAAGCAACGCGCCAGUUCCGCGACGAGUUGCGAACGCAACCCGAACCUUGGAAGUGGGCAUAUGGAACAGAACCAUUAACAGAGAUCUGGGAGAUGGGCUACAGGUCCCUAUACGAUCUCGAAAAUCCAUUCCAACCUGGCGAUGUGAAGGACUUCGUGAAGCAGCUUAAGCGUUAUGACGCCCAGAUAGAGAUGCGGAAACGGCAGCUGGCCAUGGCAGCAGAGCGGGUCGCCAAGGCACAGGCGAGGGCUGCUGCUGCAAAGGCUGCCGCAGCGCCACCAGCUCCCGCCCCCGCCCCGACCCCUUCUGAGAAGCCGGAAGGGAAGCAAGAGCCUGAACUUGCAGCACCCAAACCAGUCCCCGCUGCUGGCAAUUCGCCGUUACAUCCCUCACUGCCGCCCAAACCUGGCUCUCCUGUCAAGCCUUCCCCAUCUCAAGAGGCGCCAAAGGCAGCCACCCCUGCACCGGCUGCACCCACGCCAACACCUUCAGCUCCGGCACCCUCACCGUUCGUUCCGCCGCCGCCAACCACGGACCCCCAGAUUAAGAAAUUUGAGGAGGACAAGCUGCGGCUGACCUGGUUGGGUCUUCGAACGGCACGAGAACAGCACCUGCAACACUUUGGAAAGAUAGGCACGGGCGACUUGGAGCUGCUCGUCAACGAGAUAGAUAAUUGCAAGGGUGACAAGGAGCGAAAUUUACGGGGCGAAUCCGUAGAAGAGGCUGUUGAGGGGGGAGGGGAAGCCAGUCAAAAAAAAACUCGCCGGUACAAGGUUAUUUCAGUCGACAACCACCACAACUCCAAGCGGGAAGCUCUGAAACGCGUCUCACAACUAUCGAGAAGCGAACUACCUCCAAACCCAACACAGCAGGAAAUCGAGAGCACAGAAAUCGACGCCUACAAAUGUGACCUCGCCCAGGCAGACCAACUACGAGCUGUUUUCCAGAGAUAUGGAAAAGGGGGAAUUUGGGGUGUCAUCCACAUCGCAGCUCGUAAAGCUGUCGGCGAAUCUUCCGAGGUCCCUCUGGACUACUACCACAAUAAUGUCGCUGCUUCAGUAACCCUUCUGAGAGUUAUGGACGAGUUUGACUGUCAUCGCAUUGUCUAUUCGUCGUCUGCUACGGUCUACGGAACCCCGCCAACUAUUCCUAUACCCGAGGGAACACGCUUACAGGCAGACAGCCCUUACGGACGAACCAAAAUCAUGGUUGAACACAUUCUUGAAGAUCUCUGCCGGUCUGAUCAGAAGUGGCGUGCACUCUCACUCAGAUAUUUCAACCCCGCAGGUGCACACCCAUCCGGUCAUAUUGGCGAGGAUCCCCUCGGUCGGCCAGGGAAUCUCCUCCCGCUCCUGGCGCAAAUGGCCAUCGGACGCGUCAAAGACGCCACCCUUAAAGUUUUCGGCAACGAUUACCCAACUCCGGACGGAACGUGCGUCCGGGAUUAUUUGCACGUCCUAGACUUGGCGGGAGGCCACGUUCUAGCCCUCGACGGCCUCUCCCCCAACUCUACCAUCUUCAACCCCAAGUCCGAGGUCUUCUUCAAAAGCUAUAACCUCGGUAGAGGCAAAGGUUUCAGCGUUUUGCAGAUCGUCGAGGCGAUGCGGAAAGCGACCGGUUUUGAUUACCGCUGCGAGAUUGUCAGUCGAAGACGGGGCGAUGUGCCUGACUUGACUGCAGACCCUUCGUUGGCAGAGCGAGAGCUUGGAUUUAGGGCACCGCAAGACUUGGAGACUAUGUGCCGAGACCUUUGGAAUUGGCAAACCAAGAAUCCUUAUGGCUACGAGGAGUCUCCUACCGUUAACGGAUUCAACGGCCAUGCCAAGUCAUUCACCAACGGGGUUCUCGCUAAUACGAACAGCCGUCCAUUGACAAACGGUAAAUCUGCGUAUACCAACGGCACCGGCGCAAUCUACACCAAUGGUAACGGCGUAUACACGAAUGUUAUGAACGCUGUUCAUACCUACUUUAACGGAAGCGGCAAUGUUGCCUAUAUGAAUGGCCAUGUCUAA